AUGGAUCCGCUAAAGGGCGCAGGAUCACACAUAAUGAACUCAGGCUCCGACAAAGUUGACAACUCUUGCAAAAAUGAGGUCAAUAUAAAGGUAGAAUCCGCAGUAUUAGAUGAAUCCAACACACGAGAAUCCCCCUCGUAUAGGAGAAGUUCUAGGAAAAUAAAGAAGCCCAGUCUCUUCAAAAUAACUCACCACGGUCGCCCAGAUCCGGAGCUUUUAGCUGCAAUAAAGAGAAGUAAACUGGAUACUUGUCAGCAUAACACUGAUUAUGCAUCUAUUGCUCAAGUGCCUACAAUAUUCGCAACUGUUGAAGAAUUUAAAAGUCCAAUUACUAUUUGGAAUAAGUAUAGCGACCUGGGUGAGAAGUUUGGAGCCAUCAAAGUUGUGCCGCCGGAUGGAUGGCGCGCACCCUUACCUGUGGAUUUAGAAACCUUUAAAUUCCAGGUGCGGGAGCAACGGUUACAGCAACUUCUCAACGGAAAUGGCUUUUCGCACCCACCGUGGUUAUGGGAUUGUGCAAAGAUGAAAGAACACAAUAACCAGCUUCUAGAGGAGGUUAUGAAGAGCACAGAUCCACCGCUAGAUUCAAUAGAAAAGGAAUAUUGGAGGCUUAUAAAAAGUGGUGAUUCCAAAGUUGUUUCUUAUUACGGGGCAGAUUUGAAUUUUGUCUCUCAAGAUGAUUCUGAGAACUCUAACUCAAAAAAUCAUAAUGUUAUUUGUAGAGAUCCGUGGAAUAUGAAAAAUCUUCCAAAAUGUAACGGAUCAUUGUUAAGGUAUUUAAAUGCAGUAGUACCAGGCGUUAAUAGUCCGUGGCUUUAUAUAGGAAUGUGUUUUACAUCUUUCUGUUGGCAUACAGAAGAUAACUAUUUUGGAUCCGUUAAUUAUCAUCAUGUUGGAGCCCCAAAGAUUUGGUAUGUUGUACCUCCAGCAAAGGCAGGAAAAAUGGAAGCUUUGCUUAAGAACUUUAUAGCAAUGGAGAGUGAAGAGUUCGCGUUAUACAGCUUAAGGGUUCAAGUGCCUCCUGAUGUGCUAAUUUCAAAUGAUAUACCCAUAUACCGGAUUGUACAACAAGAAAACGAAUUUGUUUUGGUGUGGCCUAGGACUUUUCACGCAGGAUUUAAUGCAGGAUUUAACAGCAAUGAAGCAUGUAAUAUUGCACCAGCCAGUUGGAUAAAAAUGGGUUACCAGUCCUUACUAAACUAUAGAUACGCGAGAAAGACUUGUAUCCCAUUUUUCCGUAUAAUUUUGUCUGCAAUUCCAAAUUUUCUCGAUUUGGAACCAAUUCACAUAUCACAUAUUAUCGAUUGUGUAACUUUGCUCCUCAUACAGGAGUACAAAUUGAGAACGAGUCAAUCGCUUCCCAUGUACCAGAUGUUUUUAGAUAUGGACAGCAUAGCUGCUUUAGAUGAUGUAAAAGCAUAUUUGGCAUCGGUUUUGGAUAAAGGGUUUGAACCAAAUAGAUUUUUAAGGGCUAUAAUUAACACUGAAAGCACACAUCAAUACCACUUCCUAGUUGCCUGCAAGGAAUUGGCAUCCUUUUCUGUCAAAGACUGUGAUUUAUGUGACAGUCCCACGUUAGGAAGUUGUGUUAUGUGCAAUCAUAUAAAUACGGUCGUUUGUAUUUCCUGCCUGGGAUAUCAUGAGUGUGACUGUAAAACGAGGGUCAUACUUUACCGUUUUACUCUUUAUUCCAUCUACAACAUAAUUCUCAUUUUAAAAAGAGCGUAUUUUUCUAUAACCAACCAAGAAUGGAGUCCUAGCGGAACUGAUUACAAAGUUCCGAGCAAGGAGGAAAUACUAAAGGUGGAUGAAUCGUCAUACUUUACGUGUCAUAAGCUGAAAGAGGCCCUAAAUAGCUUAAAACAGGAUGGUGGAUUAUCUUCUGAUAGGGGAGCAAAAUGGGCAAACGAGAACUAUGCCUGGGCGCUUGGGAAUGACGCAAAUAUGGACAAGAGACCAAAGCUGCAAACAACAAAACUGGAAAAAAUAAAGGAGGCAUAUGAGGAUAUGAACAACACAUGCAGAAAACUGAGAAAGCCGGGCGGACCAGGAACAAAGAGGAAAAGAGGCAGUACAACCACUGACAACAUUGCCAUAAAAUACCCUUGUACCAUAUCAAAGCUUCUUGGAAAAAACCCCUUGGCGAAAACCAACAUAAUUUUGGUUACCAAGAUAACUCUCAAAUACCUGAUUUUGUCGAUACAAGAAGAUUUGGAGGAGAAUACAUAA